AUGGCCGCCUCCCUCCUUUGCACCUGGCCUCGGCUGGAGUCGCCCCUGUCAGCAACCAGCACGACCACAAGGCUGCCCUCUCCUUCCUCUGCACAGGAGCUCGCAGCUACCACCAUCGCCUCUUUGCUGUUGGCAUCCCGAGGCCCCUUGUGUUGUUUUGUGUUGGACGGUAAGGCCACCGAGUUCGACUACGAGGAUUCGCCAAAUGUUGAGGACCAAUGCCUUCUUUUUUUCCAACAGCAUCUAGCACCACAGUAUAAACACCUUAUUACUAUUAGAGCAGGAAAGCCAAAGGGGGGUACUACGUCUGAUGCCGUGAAGUGUGACCCAAACAAAGUUAGGCGGCUCAGUUUGAGCGAGCAACAGCUUGCCAAAGCUGUAGUUAAUCAUGGCACUGAAAUAGUGAGGUUUACACAGAGGAAUCUACUGAGGAUAUACCCAAAGGGCACUCGGGUUACUUCUUCCAACUACAAUCCAUUUAUUGGUUGGGUGCAUGGUGCUCAGAUGGUAGCCUUCAAUAUGCAGGGAUAUGGAAGAGCCCUUUGGUUAAUGCAUGGAUUUUAUAAAGCCAAUGGUGGAUGUGGCUACGUGAAGAAACCGGAUUUCUUGAUGCAGUCUGAGCCGGAAGUUUUUGAUCCAAAAAAGCCUCAACCUGUUAAGAAGACCUUGAAGGUAAAAGUGUACAUGGGUGAUGGUUGGGGGAUGGACUUCAAGCAGACACACUUUAAAUGUUUCACCUGGAUCCCGUCAACAGCGUCGCUGCGGCCUAGUGGAUAG